UCUGUUUUUCAAUUCGUCCAUUUUUACGCUGACAGUAUCUAUCUACACACUAAUCGCCAUUGUUGCUGCACUUCUGACUCUGAUUCGUUGGCUUCGCCAUUCUGUUCUUCUUCCACAACGAUGGCUCGUCGAUCUGGAGAUUGCAUGAGAUGUCUGGUGAUUUUCGCGGUUGUGUCAGCUUUAGUUGUGUGUGGACCUGCUCUCUAUUGGAAAUUCAACAAGGGUUUCGUUGGAUCCACUCGUACUAACUCUCUUUGUCCUCCUUGCGUUUGUGAUUGUCCACCUCCUUUGUCUCUCCUUCAGAUUGCUCCUGGGCUUGCAAAUCUCUCUAUUACAGAUUGUGGAAGUGAUGAUCCAGAGCUCAAACAAGAGAUGGAGAAGCAAUUUGUGGACCUUCUGACUGAGGAGCUGAAGCUGCAAGAAGCAGUUGCAGAUGAGCAUAGCCGUCAUAUGAAUGUUACCCUCGCAGAAGCUAAAAGGGUUGCAUCUCAGUACCAAAAGGAGGCUGAAAAGUGCAAUGCCGCCACUGAGAUUUGUGAAUCAGCUAGAGAGAGAGCCGAAGCUUUGUUGAUCAAGGAGAGGAAGAUCACUUCUUUGUGGGAGAAGAGAGCUCGGCAAUCAGGUUGGGAAGGUGAGUAAACUGAUUGCACUUCUCAGUCUACCUUGAAGAUUUUAGCUCUGAGAAAUUGAAUUUUCACAGCUCAACUCAAGUAAAGGAAGUUGUUUAAUUGUCACGGCAAAGUCCUAUCUUCCACGUUUCUCCAUAUAUGUAGUUUUUUGUUUUGUUUUUGCCCUUGGAUUGGAAUGUAGCUAAAGAAAGGCGUAGCCCUGUAUUAACUUUUCUUCAUAUAUAAAAGUGUCCAUUUCUCUACCA